AUGGGGGAGCAAACUGCACACAUUUGGUCAAGUGUUGAUACACCUGAAGAUCCGAGCGACACCGAUGUCAUUGAGCAAGAAGUAACUCAAACAAGUGAUGCCGGUGAAAGGGAGACGCCGCCACCACAACUUCGAAGGACGGAAAGAAUCCGAAAGCCUAAUCCCAACCUAGAAUUGGUUCGAAUUGAAUUCACCUCCACGGUACACCCACAUAUAUCGCUCUCUUCUUCAUCAUACAUGCGGCUGGAAUGUAAUAGACAUCUGGAAUGAUGAAUUGGUCACCAUUUUUGCAGUCAAACAACAGAGUGCCCUUUCCUCUGAUUGGGACCUUGGACCCAUCUCCAAAUCGUACUUGUCCCGUUAUAUUCUCAUUGAGUUCUGCAAAUAGAGCUUUGGAGCCAGUCAUGUGAUUACUAGCUCCAUUAUCUAGGUACCACACGUUCUCAUCUUCACUAUCUUUUAACUAACUUGGGUAGACUUUUUCUUCAUUCAGGAGCACCAUGCUUGAUGUCACUUCCCCACAUACAGUUAGUAAGAGGGCAUGACCUUCUUCAUCUGCAGCCAGGUUCACCUCCUGGUCGUGCUGCUUCUUUUCCUUGCAUUCAGAUGCAAAGUGGCCAAGUUCUUGGCACUCAAAGCACCUUAUGUUACUCUUAUCACGGGGCUUCUUGUUGGAGUUGUUAGCUUCCUGUCGUGAGUCACCACCCCAGCGCCCACCUCUGCCCCGAGACGACCCUCGCCCUCGUGAACUGCCUCUUCCUCCCCGGUUGUUAUUUCCGCCCCUUCCUCGACCACCUGUAGAGUUUGGUUUGCUUGGACUCCGGUAGGUUGAUGAGCCUUCUGCCUUGGCAAGUAGCAGAGCAUAUGUCUGUGUGCUUGCCUUCCGGAGCCGGAGCCUGUCCUCAUAAGCCUUCAAAUGCCCAAUUGCUUCUUCAAAUGACAUUGAUUCCAUGUCACAACUUUGCUCAAUCGAUGCCACCAGGUUUAUAAACCUUUCUGGGACUGUAUCAAACAACUUUCUUACCAAUUCUUCAUCUCCCAAUAUUGCCCCUGCACUCCUAAAUUUAGAGAUCAUAGUUGAGAUCUUUCCUGCGUAUUCAUCUAUGGUUUUUGUUUCCUUCAUUUGGAGUGCUUCAAACUCACUUUUCAGUACCCGCAACCUUGCGUUUUGGGCCCUCUCUGCACCCACAUACCAUGACUUUAGAGAGUCCCAAACCUCCUUGGUUGUCUUUUUCUUGGCAGCCUGUGCAAGUAUCUCCUCUGGUAUAGAUUGGAAGAUGAAAGCUCGAGCCUACUUGCUCUUGUUCUCAUCCACAACCACUCUGGUUGGUGGCUCAAUGGCAUCCCAUAAUCCAUGGGCAUCCAUGAUGGCUUCCAUCUUAAUUGACCAGGUGUUGUAGUUUAGUGAGGCCAGCAUCGGGAAUUGAAGAGUAAAGGGAUUAUCUUUGGGCUGAUUGGAUGGUGAUGAGGCUGUCAUAUUGUUGAAUCGAGGAUACUUGGGCAUACAAUUGAUUAGGAUCUGUUUGCUUUGAUCCCAAAUGUUGGCGAUCAAGCAAUGGAACAAUAAACAAGAACAAAAUUCACAAGGGUAAAAUUGGAAAUAGGCAGCCGAAUGAUUCACUUUUAUUGAAUGAAGACUAGCAACCUAAUGAUCGAGUUGCUGUACAAGGAAAUUUCAACUGAUGAUGACUUACUGAACUACAACUAAUAAAUAGAGCUAAUUAACAGAAAAAGAGAAAAAAUAGCAACGUCCCUGUUCCAACGUUCCAGUCACCCACGUGCUCUUGCCCUCCUGAAAACUUGGUCAACCAUUGACUAACAUCUACUAUCUGCUUUCAUGGGCCAGAGUGCCGUCUUCUGUUCUAUUUUCUAUUAACUUGCUAAUGUGUGACAUUACUUUGUAGGGAUACAGUAUUAUUAACAUCCGGACACUGUUUCUUACCAAUUUAAAGUUGAAGCUUCAUCUAAUGAACGCACGCUCUAAUGAGUUGCCCAUUAUCUUUAUAUUAGCUUAAUUCACGAUUCACCAAAAUAAACCAGUUGUAUAAAUUACUUAUGCUUCCAUCUCUUGAAGUUGAUUCUAAUCCACAUUUGUUACAAACCAUUGGCAUCGGGCAGAAAAGGUAGGAGUCGAAAACUAAAAAUCAUGCACAUGGUUGUUAGAUCUUCAUUAGCCGUUUAUCAUUUCUAGGUCGACCCUAAUUUCAUGAAGCUGGAGAUACGAAGUAGAUAAGAAAUUUCUUAAUUGUAUUUGAUCAUCGUUUUUCAAACUACAAAUGUUAAUGUGUGGCUAAUGUUCUAGGAAUGAUGUAACACUUAUGUUACACAGGAACUUGCAGACACAAAGUCAACCCUCUUCCCCUGAAAUUACAAAUGUUAAAGAUUUUAGGUCUCGACAAGCUUCACGUGAUGAUGUUGUGGAUGCAUAGCGGCUGUGGUUUAUGUUUUCAAAUCUACAAAGGGAUGGACAAGAAAAAACGGUACAGAAAAACAGUAGGGUAUUGAAAUUUAGGAUAUCCUUCUUUGUAGUGUUUAUUUAAAAUAGUGGUCGUAUAAAGGUAAAGGAGAUAGAAUGUGUAUCUAUAUAUUUUUUACACAUAAACAAUUACAAGUAUUGGAUUAAUAUAGUCGAUCAAUACAAUACGAAGGAAUCAAUCUAGGAGAGAAAUUAGGGAUACAUAUCAGUAUAAUUACAAUGUGUAUCUUUGGUCCUUAAUACGCCCCCGCAAGAUGGAGGAUUUGUCGGAUGCUCCAAUCAUGGAGCGAAGUCUGAGAAAUUGUGCUCGAUUAAGAGGCUUUGUUAAGGCAUCUGCUAAUGUGGAGUGCUUUGAGAGAGCUGUCUGCGACCUUUCCCUGACAAAGUGGUAGUCUAAUGUAACAUGUUUCAUCUGAGAGUGAUAAAGUGGGUUAGCACAUAGGUACGUGAUACCUAUAUUGUCACAAAAAAAAGUGUGGGCAAAGAGGUUUGAGUGAUACCAAGAUCAUUGAGAGGAUUUUCCACUCACGAUACAUCAGAUGUUGCCUUGGCUAAUUCUUUAUACUAGCUUCAGUGGAUCACCUUAAGACAUAUUUUUGUCGUGUCAAUUUCCAAGAGAUAAUGUUUGAGCCAAGAUAAAGUAUGUAAGCAGUAGUUGAACGACCUCCAUUCUAGACCCCUCCCCAAUAUGAGUCCAAAAAUGAUUUGAGAUUAAGAGAGUUCCCCUUUUUGAGAAAUAACCCAUGAUGAGUUGUACCCUUUAAGUAGCGGAGAACUCAUUUCAAAGCUUGACAAUGAAUCCGAGUGGGAGCAUGAGUGGGAGCAUGCAUAAAUCGGGCAAAUUGAUUAAUGGAAAACGAUACGUCUGGCUGUGUGAAGGCCAAAUACUAUAUUGAGCCCACUAGUUUCCGAUAAGGUAUAAGAUCAACACUACGUGACCCGUUCAUGGAGUUGAGAAUGGUAUAAGAGUUUAGUGGAGUCGAUGUUGGGAUGUUGGGACAGAAAUAGGCCAUGUUGGGACAUGUUGGGACAGAAAUAGGCCAUGUUGGGACAUGUUGGGACAGAAAUAGGCCAUGAGAAGUGGGAAUAACUUCGAUUCCAAAAAAAUGGUGGAGAGAACCUAAAUCUUUAAUGGAGAAGAGAUUUGCUGAGGUAUGAAUGAAGUUUGUAAGAAAGGCAUUAUUAUUUUCUGUGAGUACAACGUCAUCCACAUAGACUAUAAAGAAACAGAUGAUGUUGUUGUGAUUAUAAAUUAUUAGAGAGGCAUAUGCUUGGGAUUUACGAAAACCACAAGUUUGGAGGAAGGACCUGAGUUCCAUGUACCAAGCCCGUGCUGCCUACUUUAGACCAUAUAGAGACUUUAUGAGCUUACAAACAUGAUUUGGGAACUCAGGAUGAACAAAGCUUCGUGGUUAGGUCAUAUAAACCUCUUCAUGUAGAGCACCAUGAAGGAAAGCAUAAUUAAAAUCAAGUUGGCCUAGUGGCCAAUUUUGUGAAAGGGAAAUAGAUAGAAUGAUAAGUAUGGUUAUCGGUUUGGUGAAUGGACUGAAGGUAUCAAAGUUGUCUUGUCCAUAUUGUUGAAGGAAUCCUUUAGCAACCAAACGAUAUUUGUAUUUAGAGAUGGUUCCAUCUGGAUUUCAUUUGAUCCAGAAGACCAAUUUACAACCAAUGUGGUUGUGAUAAGCUUUAGGAACUUGUUCCCAAGUUCCAUUUUGCAUGAGGGCAUUAAAUUCCUGUUCAUGGCUUGUCUCCAGUUUUGGUCUUUAAGAGUUUGCUUAUAGGUAUGGGGUUCAAGAGUGGGGGGAAUAAGAUGAAUUGUGGUGGAGUUUAUGAAUGAGGGAUUGAAAUAUUUUUUUAUUUUGUUUUCUAGUUCUUGGCGGAAGUAGUGAGGGGUGGGUAUGGAGGUGGUAGAUACAGUAGGAGAGGUGGUGGGAGUGGGUGUAGUAAGAGUAGGAGAGGUUGGUGUGAGGUCCUCUAGUUGGAUAGGAGGAGGUUGAUAUUUGUGAAUGGUGACAAAUGGGUUAAUAGUGGGCUUAUUAGUCUGAGUGGGGCGAGUGGGAGACGUUGGGGAAGGAUGGACAAGGGGAGCAUUGGAUAAAUGUUGAGUGGAUACAGGAGAAGGUAAAGAAGUAGGAUGCAUAUGAGAUGUUUAUGACUGUAAAGUGGAUGAAGUAUGAAUUAGGAAAGAAGUGGUGGAUGAAUAUGGGACAUGAAUAAAGGUAUAAUCAGUGGGUGAUAGGAGAUUUGGUGGCAUGAUAGGGGAAAUUAGUUUCUAUAAACUCAAGAUGACGAGAGAGAUAGAGACGUCUGGUGAUUGGAUCGAAGCAUUUAUAGGCAGACUUGGAAGUGGAAUAGCCAAGAAAAAUGCAUGGGAGGGACCUUGGUUGAAGCAUGGAGGUAGUGUAUGGUCUAAGCCAUAGAAAACAAAGGUAGCCAAAUGAUUUUAACUUAUUGUAGUUUGGUGGUUGAUGAAAAUAAAUUGAAAGGGGCUUUGCUUAUUGAUAAUGGGUGUGGGAAGACGAUUUAUGAGAUAGACUGCAGUUUGGAAAGCAUGAGUCCAGUAGGUGAGACGAAGGUUGGCAAAAUGGAAUAGGGCAAGACCCAUCUUGACAAUAUGGAGGUGACGGUGUUCAACUAUAUCAUUAUGCUCAGGGGUGUGAGGUGGGGUAGUGUAGUGAGAUAUGCCAUUAGCUUGUAAAAAAUGGUGAAGACCCUGAUAUUCCCCACCAUUAUCAGUGAAAAUGGAGACUAGGGGAGUAUUGAAGAAUUUUUUAACGAGUAAAUUAAAUUGACGAAAGAUGGUGGCAAUAUCAAACUUUUGUUUCAUAGGGUAAAGCCACAUGUAUUUGGAAAAGUAGUCCAAAAAAAUGACAUAAUAUGUGAAAUGAUCUAUUGAGGAUUGCACAUGACCCCACACAUCAGAAUAUAUGAAUUGUAAAGUCUUGAGGUCGAAAGUAGUUGUGAGAUGUCGAAGUUUGUCUGAGUCGUUGUUAGUGUCGAAGUGUGUUUGUAUGUUUGUUUAUUAUAAGAACAUUUUGUAUCAAAGCUUUAUAGUCUCAGUCCUUUAUAUUUUUUGUACGCUUUCUUUAUCCCUAUAUAUAUCGGAUGAAUACUACAGUUAGAAAAGAGCUUUUGCAUUCGAAUUGUACUCUCUGAUAUUUCUUUGUAUUUAGAUCUUGUGUUCUUAGUUCUUUCUUAACUCUGAUCUCGUAUUACAUACUCGAUUAAAUCACAAUUGCAUUUGGUGUCAGAGCAGGAUUCAUUCAGCUUUGAUCUGAUUUUCUUAAAUUUUCAAAAGUUUUUGAGUCUCGUUCUGGAUUCAUAAUUUUCCGCUCUUUUGAUUCUAAAAAUCGCAAUAGAUCAUUUGUAUUGAUUCGAUUCUGCGUUUUGUUUGUGUAAACUAGUGUUCGUUUUUCGAUUUUUGAAAGAUUUAAACAUUAGAUUUCAAUUUUUGAAGCUUUUGUCAAAAUCCUUCCGUACAACAAUGGUGCAUUUUAACAUGAACACCAUGACUUCAUACUCUCAUAUUCUCGGUUCUUCCAUAAAGAUUCCUAUUUUGAUUCCAGAGUAUUAUGAUCAAUGGGUUGAUCAGAUGGAGGACUAUUUGAAUGGAAUCGAUGAGGAACUCUAUAAUUGCAUUAGUGGUGGAACUCAUUCUCCUACUGCGAUGCAAAAUGUUGGAACUGCUGCUAAUAAUCCAAAUGUUGCUCAACAAGCUGAAAAACUGGUCAAAAUGAGAAGAAAUGUAUGCGUGAACUCUGUGGUGCUCUUCCUCCUGUUGUGUACAAUUAUGUGCAUAGCAACAAGUCUGAAAAGGAUAUUUGGGAUACAUUGAAGGAGAAAUACGAAGGCAGUGAGAAGACGAAAAUUAGCUAAAUUAAACAAUGUUUGUUGGAGUUGGGAGAGUUUAAGCAAAAGGAAGGAGAGUCCAUUGAGCUCUAUUAUGACUGUCUGAAUGAAUUAAUCUAGAAGUGCAACAAAAAUGGAGUGACCAGGUCAACAAUGGAGUUCAAUCUGACUUUCAUCAUGGGACUUUGCAAGGAAUGGCGAAACAUAAUCUUGUUGUUAAAAACUCAAUAGAGCUUCGAUUUCUUUUCUCUAAGUGAUCUGUACAAUGUGUUGAAGACACAUGAAAUUGAAGUUAAUGAGAUUGCUGAGGAAUCAAGGAUUAGUUUGGGAGGUCCUCUAGCGUUGAUGUCGAAGGUUGCAAGCAAGGAGGUUGAGAAAAAGACAACUAAGAAAGAAGGUUCAAGUGAUGAAGGAUUAAUCGUCAAUUCUGAUGACGAAGCAGUGGCUUUUUACUCGAACAAUCGAGUGAAGAAAUUCUUCAAAAAGCCAUUUAAUGCUAAGUCAAAAGCAAAUGAGGUGAAAGGAAGUUUUGCUGGAAAGUCAGUGAGUGAGGAAAAGAAAGUGGAGAAGGAAGAAGUCAAAUCUGAAGAUGCGAAGGUGGAGAAAAAGCUCAAAGGUGACUCAGGAUUCCACUGCCAUUACUGUAAUGGAGUGAAUCACAUGGCAAGUGAUUGUAUGCUUAAGAAGAGGGAUGAGAAAAUGAAUAGAGUGAAGGACAAAAUUUAUUACGUAGAAAGGCUUAAAGAAGUGAGAGCAAAGGUGAAGGGAAUGUCCUUGGUUGCGAAGGGGAUGACAGAUGAGGAAGGGACGUAUCAAGUGUGGUCGUCAGGAUCAGAUGACGAUGAGAUGCGAAAUCCCACUCACAGAGCGAUGUUUGCAAGUUUCGAGGAAGAGGAAGAGGAGAAAGUUACAGGAAGUUGCUUUGUUUCGACUACUGCUCACAAGUCACCCAUGACUUCACAGUGAUGCCAAAAAGUUCAAUACUCAACUACUAGAAACUCAAAGGUGUUUGGAGUCGAAGAAGUCUAACAUAGAUCAUUUAGACUUACAGUUAACGAAUGUAAUGUGUGAUAGAGACAACCUUAGAACAGAUA